UUUGAUUAUCAAUGCCCAAGACAACAGAGAAAUCGAGAGCAGGUCUUCCUCGCAGGGUUGUCAAAGUGAUGCCGGACACGAGGCUCGUAGCCCCUUUCUUUACCCUGACACUGACAAGUGUUAUCCACCACCAGAAUUAAUGAAUAUCCGAAAGUAAAUGAUACUUUUUGUCAGGAUUAGAACCAGGCGUAGUCGAGUAAACGCGAGAAAAAUACAACUCCUCUCGAAUCUCCAUCACCUACAACUAUGGGUCAAGCAUGGAGAUUUGUCAAUAUCGACAGACGCCAACAUCUCGGGGACUUGGGAAAAAUAGGCGAAAUCUUUCACUGUCACUUCACUGAAAUCACAUCCCUUUUGGCAGGCUCCUGGGCGGGGGUGCCGUAUCAUGUGUAUAGGAGACUAUAUGGGAGAAUGUCCACCGGGCGUCCUCACCUCUGAAGAAAUGGCAAAGAUCAAACAGUGUCCCGGAUACUCGGAUGACUAUCCGACUGGGAAGACGUUGUAUAGGUUCGCGUCCCAUUACUAUGCACGAAUAAAAUAUCGAACACGCAUCAAUCUACAAGGAAUGGUUCUGAGGAAUCUGACGAAGCAUGUCUAUGUCCAGCAGGAUGUGGUGGUCGAAGAGCUGAAGAGAAGUGGUAGAGGUGGCGAUAUUGGCAACGUCUUACUCAUGAACAUUUGUUGGUCUGAUGACCCGUCGAGUGCAAUGCCGGUGGAUCCUUCGGGAGGGGGCUGGGCAGGGGAUAGGUUUGAUGUUGUACCACUGAGCUCAGUGGAGAACGACGAGGAGGAUUGGGAGGACGUGACGGAAGAUCAGGCAAACUUACCAGAUUAAUACUACGCUUAAGUCGGGUGCGGGGUAGGAGACACGGAGAUUAAAUACUUGCUAUCGGCAAAGGCACUGAGAAAGCAAGCAAGCAAACACUACGCAAC